CCGCUCGCUGCCGGCCGCCGCCAUGCUGGCGCUCAUCUCCCGCCUGCUGGACUGGUUCCGCUCGCUCUUCUGGAAGGAGGAGAUGGAACUGACGCUCGUGGGGCUGCAGUACUCGGGCAAGACCACCUUCGUCAAUGUCAUCGCGUCAGGUCAAUUCAGUGAAGAUAUGAUACCGGUGGGCUUCAACAUGAGGAAAGUAACUAAAGGUAACGUCACAUAAAAGAUCUGGGACAUAGGAGGACAACCCCGGUUCCGGAGCAUGUGGGAGCGGUAUUGCAGAGGAGUCAAUGCUAUUGUUUACAUGAUAGAUGCUGCAGAUCGUGAAAAAAUAGAAGCCUCUCGAAAUGAGCUCCAUAAUCUUCUAGAUAAACCACAGUUACAAGGAAUUCCAGUACUAGUACUUGGAAACAAGAGAGAUCUUCCAAAUGCCUUGGAUGAGAAACAGCUAAUUGAAAAAAUGAACCUGUCUGCUAUUCAGGAUAGAGAGAUUUGCUGCUAUUCAAUUUCUUGCAAAGAAAAGGACAAUAUAGAUAUCACACUUCAGUGGCUUAUUCAACACUCAAAAUCCCGAAGAAGCUGAGACAUCCUCUGACGUCUUCCAGUCCUUCUUGGCUAUAAUCCUACAACUACUGUCCGUUCCUCUGAAGUACUUCCCAGAACAUGGUCCUUCCUAAACCCAAGAAAUUGCCUUUCUCAGAGUUUAUUUCUCAUGUGCACUGCUGAAGAUGUAUAUUCUUAUCCUUCAUAACAAAUCAGCUGGAGUUGUCAUGAUAUAAGUCAGCACACACUAAAAGGCUUCACACACUUGUCUAGUGUGUAGAGGCAUCUUUCCUUUUUCUUUUUUAAAAAAC